AUGCCUCCCCCCAAAGGAACCCCCAACCCUCUUGAAGGUCCAGGUGACUACGAUGUUACCUCGGUCGUUCAUUCUGAUACCUAUCCUGCCAUUGACCCUACCAACUUCAACCUUAAGGGCAAAGCGAUCCUGGUUACAGGGGCAUCCCGAGGUUUUGGCCGUGCUAUGUGCAUCUCUUUUGCCCGCGCAGGAGCUUCACGUUUCAUUGUUGCAUCACGCUCUGACAUGUCAACCACCGCCCAAGCGAUCAGAACUGCGGCAAAAGAGACAGGACAACCUGAGCCCGAAGUAUUAACCAUCAAGACCGACGUUAGUGUUCCAGAGAGUGUCGAUGCUCUGGCAAAGGAGAUUGAUGAGAAAUUCGGCUACUUGGACGUCGUCAUCAACAAUGCAGCAUUCAUGAACAUAUCACCUAUCGCCGAGUCCGAUCCUGCAGAUUGGCUACAGACCCUCAGUGCCAACGUCUUCGGGCCAUAUCUUGUGGCGCGAGCUCUUGCUCCCCUCCUCCUCAAGUCUGAGACAAAGACUAUUAUUAACAUUGCUAGUGUUGGCGCUCAUCUUAUAUCAUAUGGCCUUAGCGCCUACCAGGUCUCCAAGUUGGCCAUUGUCAGGCUAACUGAGUUUAUCUCAAUGGAAUAUGGAGACAAGGGGAUUGUAUCUUACUGUGUGCAUCCUGGUAAUGCUCCGUCAGAGAUGUCUGGUGGUAUCGAAGGGAUCCCUGAGCCAAUGAGACCAGCGUUCGUCGAUACUCCAGAGCUGACUGGAAAUUCGUUGGUGUUUUUGGCAUCGGAGAGGCGGCCAUGGUUAGCGGGGCGGUAUAUCAAUCUGACUUGGGAUCUUCCGGAACUGAUGUCGAAGGAGCAGGAGAUUGUCAAAGAUGAUAAACUCAAGGUCCGUCUUGUGUUUUAG